AUGUCGUUGAUACUGAUGUUCGAGAGCUGUUCCGUGUCGUAUGGUGUGAAACACUUUAUUACAGCCACAUUUGCGGUUUACCUCUCCAUUCUUUCUUUGGUGGGUGGCGGAUCCAUGGUGGUGGAUAUAUACCACAGACCAAGAUGGAUUCUCAAAUACAAGAUCCAAAAGGGAAAAAAUCUCAUGAUAGAGAAGAGGCGGCUGUGGGAUCUUUUUAACAAUAUCCUUCUGAAUAGCACCGCCAUCUUGUUGCCAGGGGCUGUUGUCUUUUACUUCCUGUUAAAAUGGCGUGGUUCGGAUCUUACUUUUACACCACCCUCUAUCUCUUCAUUCUUUCUCCACUUUUCUGGGUUCAUUGUGAUAGAGGAAAUAGGAUUUUAUUACGCACAUCGGCUUUUGCACUCAUCGUUCUUCUACAAGCGAAUACACAAGAAGCAUCACGAAUGGACCGCUCCUGUUGGGCUUACUGCUGUUUAUGCUCACCCUGUAGAAAUGCUUAUCUCCAACCUUAUUCCGUUUUUGUGCGGACCAGUGGUAUUUGCAAGUAAUCUUGUGACCUCGUUAUGGUGGUUUGCUAUCGCGUUCACUGUUACUAUCAUUCAUCAUAGUGGAUACCACUUACCAUUACUACCAUCGCCAGAAUUUCAUGACUUCCAUCACUUAAAAUUUACGGGGAACUAUGGUGUUCUUGGGGUGUUGGAUAGACUACAUGGUACAGAUAAAUUGUUCCGCGAGAGCUCAAGAUACAAGAAACAUCGAGUUAUUUUUUCUGCUGCAACUUUAAUUUAAUGUGUUACCUGUUUCCACAUGUAGUAGAUACAUGAGCAAUAUUUGUACUUCGUUCAAAAUAUGUACCAACCUUACCAACCUAAUGAAACUUA